GUAGGGGGUGGGGGGGUAAGCUAGUCAGAGCAACUGACACAGGGGCGUGAGCCUGGACGUGUAGGCGUGUGUGGACGUGUGUGUGCUCACGCAAUGAGUGUGUAUUCAGUAGAAGGUCUAAUCGUGUCUCUUCUAGAAAGAAAUAUCUGGAGGGCACUAUGGUCUAGACUGUGACUGGAGAGUCAGAGGGAAGGAGCUGGAUGCAGGGGAGGGAACCGCAGAAGCAGGACUGCAGGCUAUUCAAGCAGUGAGCCGCCCAGGGCUGGGCCCGAGACCCCGGCAGUGGCGCUGGAGGGCCGCCCCAGUAGGCGCCAGCUCCGAUGACAGUUGUUUACUAAUCUGGGGUUGAAGGCCAGUCCAGCACUGUCCCUGGUCACCAAGUUCAUUGGGCCUGAUGUCCCUGGGCUAGAGGACCUGCUUCCCGGCCAUAGCCUCCGUGCUUUCAGGAGGCCCUAGUUCAGGACCAUGCUCCCGUUUUCGUCACUUCCUGUCCUCCUUGUGUGUGUGCUGACAGCAGCCGGCUCAGAAGCAGAAGCCUCGGUCGACGCCCAGAAGACGUGCCCGGCGAUUACCUGCGCCGUCCCCGGCAGAGAUGGGCGAGACGGACCCAAGGGAGAAAAGGGCGAACCAGGGCAAGGGCUACGAGGCUUGCAGGGCCCUCCAGGGAAAAUGGGGCCUCCGGGACAUACAGGGCCUGCUGGGGCUCCAGGACCAAAGGGCUCCAAAGGAGACCGUGGAGAUAGUUCGGUUGCUGAGACGAAGUUGGCUAACCUAGAGAGGGAGAUAAGGAGCCUGAAAUCAGAAUUGGACCACCUCAAAAAGUUGCAAAGCUUCUCCUUGGGCAAAAAGACCGGGAAGAAGUUCUAUGUGACCAACGGUGAAAAGAUGCCUUUUUCCAAAGUGAAGGCUCUGUGCAUCGAGCUCCAGGGCACUGUGGCCACCCCUAAAAACGCCGAGGAGAACAAAGCCAUCCAGGAUGUGGCCAAGGACAUAGCCUUCCUGGGUAUCACGGAUGAGGUGACUGAAGGCCGGUUUGUGUAUGUGACAGGACAGGGGCUGACCUACAGCAACUGGAAGAAGAAUGAGCCUAACGACCAUGGCUCUGGGGAGGACUGCGUGAUCCUCCUCCAGGACGGGGUCUGGAAUGACAUCUCCUGCCAGGCCUCCUUCCUGGCCGUCUGCGAAUUCCCAGCCUGAGGAGGCAGCUUCCUCAGCCCCCUCCUGGCCUUCCUGCUGUGCUCCUUGCUGCUCUGAAAGAGAAUUCAUGGCCUGUUCUCCCAGGCCCUCCUGAUGUUGACUCAUUCCUUUAGGGGGAUGGGAGGGAAAUAAAGGGCAUGUGUUUGUGGGAUGAGGAAACGAGAAGAGGUCGACAGCAGGGCUUAAGGGUUUCUGGUCCAGUCGGUAGCAAAGGACACCCUCAGUCCUGCCUAAGAGCCCGGCAGCGGGUCAGAGUCAGCCAUGGAAAGGGCCAAGUCAAACCCCUCGUGAGGGCCCCGCGGCUAACCAGAGGGAGCAGUGGAGGGCCAGUCUGUGUCAGAGCAGGAGACCUCAGCCUCCGGGAGAUGCAGUUCCUUCUCCCCCACGUGUUGCCACUACUGGAUGCCAAUGUCUCUUGCCCUCUGUGCCAGCCCAUGGCUAGCCCAGCCCCAUCUAUGCCGCGGGUGCUGUUUACAGCUGUCCACGAGCUGCACCCGGAAACCUUGCACCACCAGACCGGAACACCCGGCAGCAUCCCCCGUGGGUAACGAAGGUUAGUCCCAGGAGACCCCUCACCCUGCCCAGGGGCUGUGGCCUCCUUAGCAUCACUAGGGUGACCUUGAGGACAAAGCCUUUCCCUCCUGCAUGCUUUGAGGACACCGAUUUGAUAGUGUGACGUAUGCCAGCAUCGCGGGGGAGGCCAGGGUCACCCCUCUCUACAGGGCAGGUCUCAAUCCCUCCAUGUUCAGCAUCCCCUUCCUUCCAUGACAUCCUCGUCCCAGCCUAAGUGCACAGAUCCAUUAUAGAGACAAGAGGAAACACUCCCCAGAAGUGAGCUCCACACCCUGUCAGAGUAUGCCGCACCAUCCGGUCAGCCGAUAAAAUUUCCCUCUGCGCAGGGUUGUGGUGCCGUCUUGGCCGGUAACCCUGCCCAUGACCAGGGAUGGUUUCCAGGACCCUCAGAGGAAGUGCAGCUGAGCUUACAUAGAGCCCAUGCCGCAAACCGGGGGAGGAAAGGGAACCCCAGCUUCAACUGUAUACCAUUCACAAAAUGAGAUUAGAAAAUAGUUCAUGAAUGGACCAAGGGCUUAAUGAACUCUUUUUGUAGAAAUUAGUUUUCCUUGCAUCUAAAUUAUCAGAGAGAACAUCUCAGAUUUAGUAAACCUUUGAUGAGUAUUUGUGGAAUGGGUACGGCAAGGGCCGUUCUUUUUAGAAGGAAAGAAGAUAUGCAUGCAUCAGCCCAGAACAGGAGAAUUGCCAUCAACAAGCACAAAAGUUACACCUGAAUUUUCUCGUAGCCAAGACAAAAAUGAGAUGGGGCGUCUGGGUGGCUCAGUCAGUUAAGUGUGUGCCUUCAGCUCAGGUCACGAUCCCAGAGUCCUGGGAUUCAGUCUGUAUCGUGCUCCCUACUCAGCCUCUGCCUGCCACUUCCCCUGCUUGUGCUCUCUCUCUGUGUCAAAUAGAUAAAUAAAAAUCUUAAACAAAA